AUGACUCAAAUCACUCCGAUGAGUCUACGUGGUGAGUGGAAGGAGUUGGAGACCAGCAACAUCUACACUGUCACGGCUCCUGAUGAUCCGCUGUUGAGUUUUUUGACCGUGGUGAACAAUCCGGCGAAAGGUGAUCGGCGUGAGUAUGAAGUCAAGAGUGGGCCGGAGGGGCAGAUUCAACUUCAGCCCCUGUUCCACAAAGACACCACAGGAACAGACACUCUCUCUGAUCUCUUUCUUGACUACAGCGUGCCCGGUCGAAUCAUUUGGUACAGCUACACAACUGGCAAGCACAAGACCUGGCAAUACAUGCUGCAGGUGUGGAAUACCACCGUGGUGCAGCUGACGCCCGAAGCUGAAGACGCUGCUUUUCGGCUGGUCAUGCGGAAGCUCACAGGUGAUUUGAUUGCCAAGGUAACCGUGGAGCCUGGCACCAACUGGAGGGAUGCAAGGAAGUUGAUGGUGCCGGGCCUCCGCCCGCUCCUCUCGAAAAAGCUGGCUUUUGUGUCACCCCUUGGGGAAGUCUUGACGCAGGCACAUGAUCAAAGGCCGCUAUCUGACAUUCUCGGAUGUGAGGUUGCUGAGCCCAGCGAGCCGCGGGUAGUUGAGGAAUGGAGGCGUUUUCAGUAG